UGAUGAGAUGAAGAUGAAGAUGAUAAUGAUGAGGAAAGUGAAAGUGGCAAUCGUAAAAAUCAAUCUUAUUAUUAUCACAAUUAACUUUCAUUUUAAAUUUUCAAUAUUAAUUUUUUUAUUUCAUCAUUAUUAAUAUAAGGAAAUUGUUGUGAUACUUAAUUUUCAAAAAGUAAAAGUAAUUCAUUUGAUUGGAAAAAUUUAUCAACUUAAUUGAGAAGAUUAAUUGUAAGAGAAGAUAAAUUAACUUUCGAUUUCUCUGUCGAACUUUUUUUUUCUUCUCUUACUUUUCCUUCAUCAUCUUGAUGAGAGAGAUGAGAUGAGAUUGAUCAUCAUCAUGAAUUAUUAACAUUUGAUUCUAAUUCAUUCGUUUAUUUGUCUCUCUCACGUAUAUUUGUCUUCUUCUUCUUUUUCUUCUAUCAUCCUUAUCUUCUUAUAUUCUUUCCCUCCUUAACCAACUCACUCUUCUCACUCUUUGUCUCUCUCCCUUUCUCUUCCUCUCUGACAGUUUGUUUCUCUUUCUUUUCCUCUUUUUUUUCACGAAUAAUUUGGUUAAUUGUCGAUUCGUCAAUGGAUUAGGAUUGUUUCUGUGUCUUCCAACGAGUAAAUUGUUUCAAUUGUGUCUUGCAAAUAAUCAACUAAUCAUCAUGACCAUUUCCACGCAAGAACAAGUUCUAGUGAAAAAGUUUCGUGAUUGGAUUAAAUCUCAGCCACAAUUUGUUUCUCCUCGAACUGAUGAUUUGUUUAUCUUACGAUUUUUACGUUUCCGUAAAUUUAAUUUCGAUGAAUCUUGUCGAGUAUUUGAAAAAUAUUUAAAGGUUCGAAAUGUUCAUCCUUAUUGUUAUAAGAAUUUGAAUAUUCGUGAUACCAGUUUAUACGACCUGAUGAAACGUGGUUACAUUUUUCCUCUUUUCGAAAGGGACGAUCGAGGUCGAACUGUUAUUUUUGGUCGAUGUGCGAUGUUCAAUCAAAAAUUUGGACAUUUACCUACUGAUCUAUUUCGAUCUAUUAUAAUUACAUUUGAAAUUUUGUUGGACAAUGAAGAUAAUCAAAAGAAUGGAUUCGUUUAUAUUUUCGAUCAAGAAGGUGUCUGCCUUUCGGAGGUCACUUAUUUAGGAAUCAGAGAAUUGAAAAGAUUAGCUCAAAGCGGAGAGAAAGCGCUGCCCGUUAAACACAAACAAGUUCACUGGAUAAACUUACCCCACCUUAUCCGAACCAUUCUCAUCUUCAUCUCGGGUUUUAUGACUCAGAAAUUACAGAAUCGUCUUUCAUUUCCUCGUGACCUGAACGAGUUACACAAACGAAUCCCGGUGGACAUACUGCCCAAGGAAUAUGGGGGGUCAGUUCCAUGGCGGGUGAUGGCCGAUAAAUGGAUUAAAACUGUGGAGGAAAAUCGAGAGAAACUUAUGGCUCUCGAUUCAAUGACUUUGGACGAGAAUAGAAAAAAAGAGAAAAGAUCAAAGAAAAAUAAGAUUUACUAAUUAUUACAAUUAAUUGUGAGAAGACAAAAAGAAAACAAAUUUAAAAUUAAUACUUUUUUUUUAUUCAAAAUUUCAUUCUAAAUAUUGGAAUGAAAACAAAAAGAGGAUGAGACAAGGACGAAGGAUCAUCUUCAUUUAGAGGAGAUUGAAAAUUUGUUUACAAGUUUAAGUUUUUUGGGAUGAGUGAAAUUAAAAGUUGUAAAUGUAAAAAAAAUGAAAUUAAGACUAAAUUGUGAUCAGUGUAA